AUGCGACAACUCCUUGUGUGCAGUUCAGUCCGCAAGGCCCAGCCGGGGUCCCUCUGGCGGUCGCCGUGGAGGCGCAGCCCCCGCCCCGGCUCCAAGGAAGAGAAAAUCAUGAAUGAAAUGGAUGCGGUGCUCCAGUUCCCCCACCCUCCCUGUCCAGGCAGGCUGAGUGCGGGGGCGGCGCCUGCGAGAGGCUCCGCGCUCGGAGUUGGUGGGGUAUUGAAAUUGGGUGUAGGGGUCCAGAGUCUGCGAUUGGGACCCACUCGGACCCGUGCUGCGGCCGAGGCUCCCCAGCCGGCCAGCCUGCUGGUCCUGCGCCAUUCCCUGGAGCGGAGCGCCCGAAGGCGGGGCGGAGCCGGGGGCGGGGGCGGGGGUCGGCAGGCGGCUGCGCCAGCAACUGGCCGCAGAAGCGCAUUUGGUGGAGCGGUGGGUCGGCGAGGGAGCGCUCACAGAGUGUGGGACAGUGAGCCUGGCGGACAGACCCACCGACAGUCGCCCCCGCACACGCAGACGCACGAGCUUCGCGCAGCCCCCGUCACACACACAGACACUCGCGCAGACACACACAGGGACACACGCAGACACACGCACACGCGGGCGCGCACAGCCUCCCUCCUGCCUGUCCCCAGCUCAACGGCGCCCGGAGCCCGCUCUGGCCGCCCCAGAGCGGAGGCGCUCGCGCCCGCCCCCGCCACGCCCCCACGGGGCUCCCGGCGCCCCCGGGCUGGGGGAAGGGGGUUCCCUAUAGGGGAGGGAGCCGGGGGCUGGGGGACUGGGAGAGAGCGGCUGUCACUGUUUACCACGCCGAACCGCACUGCUGAUGACUCCGAGGGAGGGGCCCUGGACAUGUGCUGCAGUGAGAGGCUGCCGGGUCUCCCCCAGCCGGUAGUGACAGAGGCGCUAGACGAGGCUGAAGGACUCCAGGACUCACAGAGAGCGAUGCCACCACCCCCAUCUCCUUCUCGGCUCUCAGAGCCAGCGCAGAAACCACCACCUCGCGUCACCUGGAGCGACUCCCUCGUUCUCUGGAGCAGCCUGUGCCUGUUUGCUGUUUCGCAUUUCCUGCUUGCCUUCGGGGUGCUCUGGUACAGCGGCCUUGGCCACAGCUGGUUGAAGAAUGCCACAAACUUCAUCUCCUCCCUCUUCACAUUCAUGGAACAGCUGGUCCUAGGACCCACAGCCUGGCUGGGUGGUGGGACCUGGGGAGUCCCAAAUCUGCUGCUGGUGUCUCUGUCUGUAGUCCUGGUCCUCAUUACCACCCUGGUGUGGCACCUCCUCAGGACACCCCCAGAACCACCCACCCAACUGACCCCGGAGGACAGGCGCCAGUCAGUGAGCCGACAGCCCUCCUUCACUUAUUCGGAGUGGAUGGAGGAGAAAGUCGAGGAUGACUUCCUGGACCUGGACCCCGUCCCCGAGACACCGGUGUUUGACUGUGUGAUGGACAUCAAGCCUGAGGCUGACCCCGCCUCGCUGACCGUCAAGUCCAUGGGUCUGCAGGAGAGGAGGGGCUCCAACGUCUCCUUGACCCUGGACAUGUGCACACCAGGCUGCAACGAGGAGGGCUUUGGCUAUAUCAUGUCCCCCCGCGAAGAGUCUGCCCGCGAGUACCUGCUCAGCGCUUCCCGCAUCCUCCAAGCCAACGAGCUUCACGAGAAGGCCCUGGACCCAUUCCUGCUGCAGGCAGAGUUCUUCGAAAUCCCCAUGAACUUUGUGGAUCCAAAAGAAUAUGACAUCCCUGGGCUAGUGCGGAAGAACCGGUACAAGACCAUCCUUCCGAACCCUCACAGCAGAGUGUGUUUGACUCUACCGGAUCCUGAUGACCCCCUGAUUUCCUACAUCAAUGCCAACUACAUCCGGGGCUACGGUGGCGAGGAGAAGGUAUACAUCGCCACGCAGGGCCCCAUUGUGAGCACAGUCAGUGACUUCUGGCGCAUGGUGUGGCAGGAGCACACACCCAUCAUCGUCAUGAUCACCAACAUCGAGGAGAUGAACGAGAAGUGCACUGAGUACUGGCCAGAGGAGCAGGCGGUGUACGACGGUGUGGAGGUCACUGUGCAGAAGGUUAUUCACACUGAGGACUACCGACUGCGACUCAUCUCCCUCAGGAGUGGGACUGAAGAACGAGGCCUGAAGCAUUACUGGUUCACCUCCUGGCCCGACCAGAAGACCCCAGACCGUGCACCUCCCCUCCUACAUCUGGUGCGGGAAGUGGAGGAGGCAGCACAGCAAGAGGGGCCGCACUGUGCCCCCAUCAUCGUCCACUGCAGUGCAGGGAUCGGGAGGACGGGCUGCUUCAUUGCCACCAGCAUCUGCUGCCAGCAGCUGCGGCAGGAAGGUGUGGUGGACAUCCUGAAGACCACAUGCCAGCUCCGCCAGGACAGGGGCGGCAUGAUCCAGACAUGUGAGCAGUACCAGUUUGUACACCACGUCAUGAGCCUCUACGAGAAGCAGCUGUCCUGCCAGGCCCAGGAGUGA